CACUACGGCGUUAGCCCUGAUCUGGGCAUAGUGCAGGACUGUCAAGGACACCAGGAUGAUUCCAAAGGACCCUUGCUUCCUAAAGACACCGGAAAUCUUUCGAUGACCAGAUAAAUGCCCAGCGAACGGGAGAGAAAGCGGAGCAAGGAGGCCGAGCUAGCUGGCUGUGAGGGGAUGUCUUCAACGAAUACUCGUAUUCUGGAACUAAGAAAAGAAAAAUCACGAGAUGCAGCCCGAUCUCGACGUGGAAAGGAAAACUAUGAGUUCUACGAGCUGGCUAAGUUACUUCCCCUUCCGGCUGCCAUCACCAGCCAGCUGGACAAGGCCUCCAUCAUCCGGCUGUCCAUCAGCUACCUGAAGCUAAGAGACUUCUCCAGUCACGGAGACCCCCCAUGGCACAGGGAUGGACCCCCACCCAAUAAAUCUAUAAAAGGUGGACCACCGAGGAGGCGGAACAUGACGGCCGUUGCCAUGGAAAUUUUUGAAUCUCAUCAAGGAACUCAUAUAUUACAGUCUCUGGAUGGUUUUGGGUUUGCUCUCUCCAAUGACGGCAGAUUUCUCUAUGUCUCAGAAACAGUGUCAAUAUACCUAGGGCUUUCACAGGUAGAGAUGACAGGCAGCAGUGUGUUUGACUAUGUACACGUCAAAGAUCAUCCAGAGUUGGCUGAUCAUUUAGGAUUAGCAAUUCCACAAGGCGGAGUUCCCUCCCCAGGCUCUUUGUCUGACAGUGAUGCUGGUACCCCCAGGUCUAUCAGUCCUUCUCUCCCAGAUAAAGCAUGUGUAAUGACUCUGAACCCUGACAAAGGUAGUGAUCGCUCAUUUUGUAUUCGGAUGAAGUCCACCUUAACGAAACGAGGGGUACAUGUGAAAACCUCAGGAUAUAGAGUAGUUCAUAUAAUAGCUCACCAUCGACCCCAGUUUUCAUUUUCAUUAAAUCGCAAACAGUCCCCUCCAUUGCUAGGGCUAGUGGCACUAGCUAUCGCCCUUCCGCCUCCCACCAUCACUGAGCUUCGCAUGGAAAAUGAUACCUUUGUGACGAGACUCAGCCCAGAGUUCAAGGUGCUAUAUUGUGAGCCCAAAAUUGCAGAGUUAAUGGAUCUUUCAGCAGACGAUAUCACUAAUAAUAUUUUAUAUGACCACUGUCAUGCUGCUGACCUACAGAAGUUACGGAAGUCCCAUGUCGAUUUGUUACAAAAAGGACAGGUAAUGACGGAGUAUUACCGACUGAUGAACAAACAUGGUGGCUAUGUGUGGAUACAAACGUGUGCCACCACCAUUUGCACGGCCAAAAACUUGGAGGAGCAAAAUGUUGUUGCUUUAAACUAUGUACUGAGUGGGGUAGAAUUCCAGGGCUGUGUGAUGGACAGUGGUCAGUUAAAGUCAAUGCCAAAUCAAGAAACUGACCACUCAGAUCACAGUGACACAGGCUCAGACCAAGAAAACGAAAGGCGGACUGAUAGCAAAAAAGAACCUGUAUCAAGGGAGAGAAAUCAUGUUGGUGAGAGUGAGGUAACUCGAUUUGGGACGGCAUCAAAAAUGUCUCUGCAGUCCUCCACUACAAAGACAUCGCGGUGUAACAAUAAUCAUAAGGAGUUUCCUUCUGACUCUGAUGUUCAUGUCAAGUGUUCACCACAAAGUUCACCCAUCCUUGGGAAUGAUUCAGUCUUUCAUGACAGGCCCGAGUGUGUGAAACCGGAUGGAAAAAACUCGCGCAGGAAAAUGGAUCGUCCUCGAAAGAGAAAACGAGAAGUUGAGAGUGAUUGUGACAUGAAUGGAAUUGAUUCAUACGAGGAUGACAUGAGUGUGGUGACGGGUGGGAGUCUGACCCCAGGCAGCCAUUCUCUGCACAACAGAGAUUCCCGUAUCUCCCCUGAUCUCACCUCUAGUCCACAUCCCAUGCUGGGGGUCUCCCCAGUCCCAGAGGACCUGUCUGUCAAACCCCCAUCCUCCUCACCUAUAGGUCUCCCCUCUGCUGUAACAGUGGGCACGACCUUACCUGACAUUACUAACCCUAAUUCCUCGCCAGAUGCAGAAUGGCCCAAGACGGGCUCAGGGGUGAAGGAAGAGGGCAUAGCGAGUUCUUCUGUCAAGGAUUUGGAGGAGGCCAUGAAUAAACAUUUACCUGUCCUACCUGAGGGGUCAGCAGAGGCAAGGAACCCGGCUUCUGACCCCGGGAGCGACAGGUCAGAGGCCUCAUGUCUACAUGCAAAACAAAAGUCCACUAUCCAGUGGAUAGGCUCUCAGCAGCCUGCCCCUGAUCCCUUGGCAGCCUCCAACCUGCUGCGCAGCCUGUAUGCAAACCGUGAAUCAGUGAUACGCACCAACAUAUGCAAUACCCGUCCACAUUACUAUGGUGACCACGUGGCAGUGAACAUGCUGACCCCACCCGGCAAUGAGAGCUAUAAAGACCCUCCGCAGAUGUCAUUACACCCACUCCAGUAUCCCGCUGGGAAACAAACAGCCAACCAUCACACUACCAUGUCUUCAUACACCAACACCCCUAUCACUGUCUCCAUGACAACCCAUGUGACUGAUACCCCAUACAACAUGACACCGCCCUCAUCUGUCUCCCCGCAGGACAAGUUUGUGUCUCCAUUCUCGGAGGGCGGGUACGCAGACGGCCCAUCUCCCCACUGCCCGGUAACAGAGGACCCCUGUCAGCGCCUACCGGUCAAGCCCCAGCUGUACUCCAUGCCCAUGCCUGCGCACCUGCCGGCAUACGCUGACCGCAGCUCUCACCUGAGCUACCCUAACAUUUCCACAUACAAUAGCACCGGAGCCAGCUUCUCCUCUUAUACAUCCUCCUCCACAAACCUUGGGGCGGAGCCUAACAGUUCCUGGUACUCAUCUCACUUCGCCACUCCAUGACCUCUGUAGGGGCCAGUAGGUCAAGGGUGAGUGGAUAAGAGACAGGAAAGGACAGGUCUCUACAGGGCCUGAUGUGAAUAUCAAGAGACACAAGGAGGAAAACAGAACCAUUAUAGUGCUAACAACCAGAACACUGUUACACACAUGCCAUCCAGGGGUACUGGUGCAAUGGCUUGACCUGUGUAUGAGGAUGAGAAAGAUAACUCCUGUCUGUGUUGAACUAAUGAAUAUUUGGACUUUUUCGAAUCUGUUUUCAUAGUUAGUCUCUGAUCAAAUGCCCCUUAGGAGACCACACUGAGCCAGAUCCCAGUUUACAAAUGUUCUGCGUAUUUUGCCAAAACGACAGAAUCAGUCCGAGAAUGUUGAGAGUUUCAGGCAACUGUGAUAUGACAGUUCAAUUCUUAAUCAUUUAGAAUAUUUAAGGCAAUAGAGAAGUGGAGACUUAAUAUAUCUGUUAAGCUCUCUUCUCUGCAUUCAGUAGUAAUAAUACUGUUACAUUAUGAAAAUUAAUAUGAUUUCUGUGUGUAUUGCAAGAAAGAAACAAACAUUUAAUGCAGUUUCAAGAUUGCACCCACUUAAAAGUUACCCAUCCUUGCGCCCUACCACUGCAAUACAUGUAACAAUGUUAAACUGGAAAAUCCAAGGGAGACAACUUCAGAGUGAUUGCGGUUAACUUGUUGAACACUAGUGCAACUUAAAUAUACAUAUAGUGUCAGACAUUAGCUAAAUGAUAUUGGUAAGCAUUUGAUUAAUAAAAGGGAUUAUUGUUUUAAAAUUCUAAUUGUAGGACUAGAACCAGUCAGCUGUGUCAAGAUAAAGAUGUCAGAUAAAUAAUUAAUGGGUCAGGCAAUAUUGAAAAUAUUGAAAUGAAUUAAAAGCUCUUACUUUGAAAAUUAUUAUUUUUUGGAUCAGAUUUCAGGGUGUCUUGUCUUUCCAUUGUGAGAGUUCAAGCAAAUUUUUCGACUCUCCAAUUUUAGCGACUGUCAUCAAAUAUAUUCAGGCUUAAAAAAAAUGCACAGUGAUGUUCAAACGUUUCGUGAUAAGAAUUUGUUUCUAACUGCUACAUGUAGCUGAAUGCAGCAUUUUGUGGAACAGAUCUGAACAUAACAGUUAACUGAGUUGAACAUAAUUUAAUAUUAACCAUAAUCUUUGGAAAUAAUAUAUUAACAUGCAUAAUGAAUUCAGUAAUCAGGAGAUGUAAUGCUUCAGUCAUUUUUAUCAAGGAUGUUUUGGGUCUCUUGCACUUACCAUAGUUUCACCUGACAGGAUAAUCUUGUCCUCUUUUUAUUAUUAUCAUUUGCAUAAAAGCUUGUCUUUUAAAGAUGUUUUAUGAAUAUUGCAUUUUUUGGACAGUUACCGUACAGACUUUUCAUCAUGUGUUCAAACGUUUUUGUGGUCGCAUCUUUUUCCUUUGAUAUAUUUUUAAACAUAACAUUUGAUGUUAUGCGUGUCUUAUGCAGUUGAAAUCAAACUGGUGUUGUUAUUUUCUUAGAAUAUACCAAUGUCAAUUCAUUCUUUAUCAGUUUUUAUAAUGACUUGUGUCAUUGUGUUUUAGGCCAUAUGCUACUGGAUGAAGCCAGACAAUGGUGAAUUUUACCCUGCCAAAAUGUAUGCUUUUUUUUUUAUUCUGUGUCAUCCUGAAUAUUUUGGACAUUAUUGUCUUCCUGUUCACUUGUGUGCCAUAAUGAUAAACCUUAACUUCCACUUUUUUCUUUGCUGUUUUCUUUCUAAUCCCACAAGUUUGUCCAUUUGUUCCAGGAAUAUGACUUGAAUUAGUAAAUGAAAACAGUGUUUGAGUAAAUGUGUUAAUUUCAACUGAAAAAAAGUCCUUACUUGUUAGGCUCUGAAGUCAUGAAUAUGACUUGAAUUUACUAAUUCAAGUCAUAUUCAUAAUUAUUACUCAUACAAAAUCAUUCUAGUGAUUUUCCUCGAAUUUUUGGAAUAUAUUGUAACAUAAAACCAUCCCGUUUGGCGUAAAGGCGCCAAAAGUGCAUUGGUUGAGGUUGGGUCAAUUUUCAAGUUUUGGGUGAAUAUUUUAGGCUAUUUGUUUUGGUUAAUAUUUUAGACUAUUUGUUGUUUUGAAUAUCAGGCUCGUAUAUAGCAACCAAUUCUCAUGAUGCCCCGUAAUACAUUUACCUUGUAUUUUCAUGCGUCGUUUAUGCAUCGUAUGUUUUGCUACUACCCGCUCUACUCACAGGGCUCCCAUUAAAUAAUGACAUGUUCUAAUAUCACAUAGCAUAAUGUAAUUCUACAAGGCAUUAUGAACAAGAUGUCAGUCAUAUAACCGGCGAGAUAUAACCGAUAUCUCGCCGUACCAAAAGCUUACGGUACCUGAUGAAAACUCCAAUGUGAUUGGAGCUUGACAUGUGAUGUUCGUGUGUAAAUUAUACUCUAUUUUAUCGUGUGUUGUUGUUGUUGUACUCCUGUCAGUCAAACUCUCUGGAAGGAGUCUAAAUACAUCCAGAUGUAGCUACGAAUAUGGUAGAAUAAUUCUGUAUUUAUUAUGCUUACACUACUGGUUUUGUAGUAUUCAAGAAUUCAUAUAUCACCAGUAGGGAAUGAUACAUGGAUGUCAGUUUUAGUCUUCAAGACAGUUUGUUUUCCUUUUUUUUCUUUUUUUUUUUACUGAAAUUAUAUAUUAUAUCCAGUAAAUCUUACUGGCAAAAGCUAUCUGUGUAUUUGCAGUCUACCACCAUUAAUUAUUGAUAUUUAAUAACGCUUUUAAGAUUUUCAGGUACUCUAUAUAACAUAACUUGAUGUUUUUUGAAAACAAUUGAUACUUUCAUGCCUUCUUUGUGCGACAAAAAGGACAAUUAAUUUUAGAAAUGAUUUGAACCAAAUAAUUAGGACCAUGAGUCCAAACAUGGUGGUUUAAAAAUAAUGAUACUAAAUAGCCACUGCAGAUGUGCAAAUUAAAUGAAAUCGAAAAAAAAAAUUGUUUGUACAAAAAAUGUCAUAAAAGUGAUCAAGCAUUUCAUUGCCACAAUGGAAUAUUAGCUUUGAAAAUGCCACCAUGGUCAAGCCAUGGGAAACUGUAUUCUUUAACAACCUUGUAAAAUCAAUCUGUACAUAUACAUGUGUAAUGAAAUAAAUCUGGUUGACAAGAAGAUUGUAAACAAGGUAUUGGUGGGAAAACACUGACCUGCCCAAUAACGUAUGCCGAUCAGAAUCUUUGUAAAAGUGCUGUAUAUGACAUUAAAUGAAGAUAUUUUAGAGCUCAUGUAAGAUAUGAGGUACAUAUAGCUCUAGUCAUGACUUGGGAGGGAGAAAGAACCUUAUUAUUCUGUUAAUGGUUUGAAUUUUAUCAAAUCCAUCAAUUAAUUAAACCUGUUAAUUGUUUAUCCUGUUUAAAUACCUCCUGUCAGUCUGGGGUAUUUGUUUAUUAUUAUUUUUUUUUUAUUACUGUCAUUGAUGUCAGCCAAACUUUGCAUUGCAAUGACGACAGUGUUUCCUGUCAGUAAAGGUACAGGUGUUCAUGGAAAUUAAUAAUGUACCCACUCUCAUUCACAGCACGAUUUCUACAAUUCCUGCAAAAACGGUUUUCCAAUAUUUGUGACCUUGAGGCAUAUUCUGAGUGGCCGUAUUGCAAUUUGUAACUCAAGCUCAGUUGUUAACUUUCAUUUUGCCUAGCUUUGACCUAGUAAAUGUGUUUGGAUUUGAAAUUCAUUUUUAUCGCCUUAUCAACUAUGACUAUCAUGGAGAAAUCUUUAAAAUUGCUAACAGAUUUGAGCAUCCUAAUUCAUACUGGUUUCUCAUUAUGACAAGCACAAAACAUUGUGCACUACUCUGUUUGACAUUCAAAUUUUUAAUCAUUUAUUUGGAUUUUUUUUGUUU